AUGGCAUCGCUGGGGCGGAAGGACGACGCGCUCCUGGAGCUCGAAGACGACGAGGACGACGGGGCCUUCGACGAGGCCCACUGCGAGCGCGCGCGCAGCCUCGAGGCCCUUGACGUCUCGGAGAACGAAGAAGAAGCGCUCGUCGACGAGGACGGCAACGAGGCCGUCGUGAAACGGACGCUGGACCCUGCCAUGCUCAACGAGCUCCUCCUCGUGUGCUCGAACCUUGGCGUGCUCACCGAGACGGACGACGGCGACUCCAACUUCACGCGGGGCGAAGACUGCGAAGAGUGGAUCCACGAUCUCCAACGCGCGAUCCGGCGCGACCAUGCAAUUCAUCGACUCGUCUCCAAGACGCUUGGCCGGUGGCAGAUUCUCCAGAAGAAGCUCAUCCCGCUCUUGAUCAACCACCAGAACGACUGGUCGCUCGUGUUCUCGAUCCUCAAGGUGCUCGUCAUGCUCACGAUGAAGCCCGCCAACGAGUCGGACAACAUUGCGCUGCAGCUCAAGUACCUCCGCGGCUACAAGCGCGCGUUCUUGACGCACGGCGUCGUGCAACUUCUCAUGUCCAUUCUCGUCGAACCGCUCUCGCGGGAAGGGUCUGCCCGCACGUCACAGGAUUACCUCAACAUGGAGCUCGUCUUGACGCUCUUUCGCAACUUGCUUGCGAUUCCAAACGAGAGCUUGCGCCAUGUGACGGCAGCGACCAACCACAUGGCUCGUCUCCAGGAAGACCUGAUCGUCGUGCUGUACGAAGAAAACGUCUUUGACAUGCUUCUUCUCUUUGCCCAGGACAUCGAGUCGGCCGAGAACCGUGAGUGGAACCUGCUCCUCAUGGAGAUGUUCGACCUAGUCUUGCAAACGACGACCCCCAAGCAGCUUGUCGCUACGAUCCAACUGCCGCCGUCCACACCACCGGUCGACGAGGCCCCUCAGCCGGUCGCGCCGCCGCCAAUGCAGCAUCAAGUCUCGCUGCUGGGGCAGCUCAAGACCGAGAGUCAGCAUCGCGGCGCCAAGAACCAGCGUCACUCCAACUUUGGUGGCAUGCUCGUGCUCCAGGGCAAGACCGGCUGUCGCACCAUUUUGACGGACUUCAGCAAAUCGGGCGACGAUGUCAUUCCACAGGCCCAGAAGAAGGGAUUGCGGGGUCGGCGCCAGAAGCAACAUGCGAUGAACGACAUUCAAGAGGUCUUUGGCGGCCACACUGGCUCCUCCUUGGACUUAAACAUGCGCCUUAGCGAAGCGCUGCGGACGAUCUGCGACGAGCUUUUGAGCAAGUGCUACCCGCAGCUCACGUCGUCGCUCAAGAACGAGUUUCGCCGCGGCAGCGGGAAGCUCUUGCCCAACGACCGACUCUUGUACUUUCACUUGGUGUGGUUUCUCACCGCGUACCACCGCCUCAAGUUGCCGCACCUCAAGUCGCUCCAGAAGCAGCAAGCGGAGAUUUUUGAAAAGGACAAGGAGCGCGUCUUCCGCGAGCAAGGCAUGGACGCCAUGAUGGCGCUGCUCAACCCGACGAACCUCCUCGCGACGUACGACCAAAAGGCCAUUCUGUCGACGCUUGACAUGUUUUCGUUCAACUUUGUGCUCCAGUCGAUCGAGAGUUAUGCCGAGGCGAAGAAUUACCAUGCCAUGAUCGGGGCGGUCAAGGUCGUCACGGAGAUGAUCGCCAUGCUCACGGAACUCGUGACGAGUGCCGACACACGGCUGCAACGCAUCGGUCAGUCGCUCCAGCACAAGCUGUUUUACGAGCGCGAGUUUCUCGAUCGGCUCCCCGUGCUCAUCAAGUCGUGGUCUCCGUCGGCCUUUACGCUCGAGUACGUCGUGGAAGUCGCGACGCUGACGCAUCUUGUGCUCAAGAUGAUCGACACGGAAGGCAAGCAUCUCAAGGUGCUCCAGAAGCGCCGCAAUGCACCAGGAAAGAAGAAAAAGAAGCAAACCAAGAAAAAGACCAAGUCCGGAGACGCCAACGACCGCGCGGCGGGCGACAACGAUGCCGAAGACGACGACGAGGACGACGACGAAGAAGACGAAGAAGACGGCGACCGCCAAAUGCAGCUCGAGAUGCGGCGAAAGGAAGAAGAGUUUGACACGCGCAAGUACUUUGGCUCGAUGAUCUCGCACGAAAGUAUCAAAAUGUACUGCUACCUGCUCCGCCACUACAAGACCAACAGUGCCAAGGUCAACCACUACGUGUUUUCGUUCUUCUACCGUGUCCAAGGCUUCCAGGCGCUCAUGGGCGAAGAUCCCACGAUGGAGCCAAUGCUCUUCAACAUCCAGUGCCUCAUGACGUUCAACACGAUGUUGCAAGACCCGUCCAUCCAGAACAAGAAAGAGUUUCGACACAUCUUGGACUUUCUCCGCACCACAGUGCGCCAUUUCUUUGCACUUGCUGAGACCAACCACCUCUUGUACGUCGAGAGUCUCAUUCGACACCCAUUCGCACCCCGCACGUGCGUCAUGAUCCAGCGCCGGUACAAGUCGCUUUUGCCCGAAAGUCUCGUGGCGCCCAAAGGCCGGCGCGACCUGAGCUCGGACGACGACGACGACGACGACGUUCGCGUUGUUCGGCCGCGCGAGCUCGAGAUCGAAGGCGAGGCCGAGUUUGACUUUAUGGCCGCGGCGCCGUCGAUUCUAGUCGCUAAGGACCCAGCGACGACAACGACCAAAGCAAAGCCGGCGCGCAAGCCGCGCGCCAAGACCAAGACGUGGAGCGUCAUUGAAGACAAGUACUUGACCAAGAUGUACUUCAAGUUCAAGCAUUUGCCGUCCGUGUUCGAAGUCAUCUCGUACGAAGACAUGUUUCAGGACCGCGAUCGGACGCCCGACCAAAUCGAGCGCCGCGUCAAGCACCUCAAGCUUCACAAGAAGACCCACGAUGACGACGAUGACGACGACGAUGACGGCGGCGACGACGAUGACGAUGCCAUGUCAGCAACCGACGACAAUGUGGCCCCGCGGUCGCCCAAGCCCACGCGUAGCGUCCGGAAGACCGCCGAAGCCUUUUACAAGGACCUCAACGGCUCGGAAGACGACGACGAUGAUGAUGCAUUUCUCUCGGCGCCGACCAAUGUUGCCCCAUCUCUCGGCGCCCGCCUCUGA